AUGGAGAGUUUACGAGAGCUCGACUUAGAAGGAACUGUUAUAACAAAUUUACCUCCAUCGAUUGUACAUCUCAACAGGCUUUAUAGGUUAGAUGUAAUUGACUGCAAAAUGCUUGAAAAUUUGCCAAGCAAUAUUGGUGAAAUAAAGAGUUUGCAGUAUCUUUAUUUGAACGAAACUGCUAUAAAAGAUUUACCGCCAUCUAUUGAACAACUCGAGGGCCUUGUGCAGUUAGCUCUGAGCGAUUGCAAAAUCCUUGGAAGUUUGCCGAGUAAUAUUGGUCGAAUGAAGAGUUUAAGGGAACUCCUUUUAAAUGGAACUGCUAUAAAAGAUUUACCUCCAUCCGUGGAACAACUCAAAUGCCUUGAUAAGUUAGAUCUGACAAACUGCAAAAUGCUUGGAAGUUUGCCGAGCGAUAUUGGUGGAAUGACGAGUUUAAAUGAACUCUUUUUAAACGGAACUGUUAUAAAAGAUUUACCUCCAUCAGUGGAACAACUCAAAGGCCUUUAUAAGUUAGAUCUGACAGACUGCAAAAUGCUUGGAAGUUUGCCGAGCAAUAUUGGUGAAAUGAAGAGUUUAAAGGAACUUUGUUUGGGAGGCAGUGGUAUAAAAAAGUUACCAUCAUCCAUUUCUUUGGCUGACCUUGGAGAAUUAGAUUGGAGUAACUGCAAUUUAGAUGAAGAAUCCAUUCUUAAUCUUCCUCAGUCAUCGCAAGAUUUGAAUCUAAGCGGGAACAACUUUGUUAGUUUACCAGCAAGCUUCACUCAACUUACAAGGCUUUAUUCGCUUAGGUUGGAUGAUUGCUUAAGCCUCCAAACAUUGGAGUUACUUCCAUCAUCUAUACAUUCUGUUUUUGCAAAAGAUUGCGUAUCCUUAGAACGUUAUUCGAUCCCAAAUGGUGCUUACAUUUUUGAAUUGAAUUUCGUUGAGACCCACAAAUUGGUUGAGAAUCAUGGGAACAAGAAGCCAAAUGUAUACUAUUCAGAAAAUCCCCUUCAGGAAAUUGGUGGUUCAAUCCUUCUUCCAGGAAAUGAGAUUCCAAGUGGGUUCUGCCGAAUAAAAUAUGAGAGUUAG